UCACUCCUAUGGAUCCUGCUGCUGACAGACUGUUACCUCCUCCUCCAAUCCAGUGGCUGUGGAUAAAUAGGGCAAGUGGCUGGACAGAUAGGGCUCCCCAAACAUGUCUUCACUGCUGCAAGUCAAAUUCCAGUCCCCACCUUUGAAGGAAUUCUGUGGCCUAUGUGGAAUACAUAUUCAUGGCUUACCAGAAGCACAGUAGUGAAUACUGCCAUGCUCAACACAGAACUGACUAAAUAGGGGCAAACUUGGUCACAUUGCCUAGCUACUGCAAGACACCAACCUUAAGAAACCACCAUUGCCAUCUACUGCAUUCACCUGCUGAAGGCAGGAGAUUUUGCUUGCUACUGUGUAUAUCCAGAUGGGGUAACUUGAUUUGACUAAAUUGUGCAUGUUAGUUUGCAGAACGCAAAGGACAGCAAAGACUUGACGGCACAAAAUAAACAAGGUGCAAGACUUCAGUUAAAGGUGCACACACCUUUUUACUUAUUUCACACCAUUUAACUUGGAUUGUGAAGACUGCACUGCCGUUUGUUCACAUUUUCCCCUUGCAUUUUGAACUUUGUGUUUUUUGUGUUCACUGAUACACAUCAUGUCACGGAUGAAUCGCCCUGCACCUGUUGAGGUCUGCUACAAAAAUAUGAGGUUUCUGAUAACUCAUAAUCCCACUAAUGCAACACUGCACACUUUCACUGAGGAUUUGAAAAAAUAUGGUGCAACAACUGUAGUAAGGGUAUGUGAUGUAACAUACGACAAAACUGAACUUGAAAAGGAUGGCAUUACAGUGAUGGACUGGCCAUUUGAUGAUGGUGCUCCACCUCCAACUCACAUAGUGGAAGAUUGGCUGAAUUUGCUCAAGACAAAGUUUUGUGAAGAUCCAGGCUGUUGUGUUGCUGUCCAUUGUGUUGCUGGCCUUGGGCGGGCCCCUGUUCUUGUAGCCCUGGCUCUGAUUGAGAGUGGAAUGAAGUAUGAAGAUGCCAUUCAGUUCAUCAGACAAAAACGCAGGGGAGCCAUUAACAGCAAGCAAUUAACAUACUUGGAAAAGUACCGCCCAAAACAUAGAUUGAGAUUUAAGGACAGUCAUAACCAUAAGAAUAAAUGCUGCACCAUGUAACUAUGAUAACUUCUAGCAAGAAAAUGAAGCCAUUUCAGUUUAAAUGAUGAAAGACAAUAUGAUUUUUUUAAUCUUCCUCAAUGUGUAAAACCAUAGACGGAUCAUGAGCAGCCUUAGUCUUUAAUACUGUUUUCGUAUGUAGAAACAAAGCUUUCUUCUUCCAGUUCAGAUGUGAACAUUUGGUCCAUUAACCGAUACGUGCUUUGUAUCAUUUUGACAUAGUUUCUGAACUUAAAUGAAGAACAGCAAGUAGCAGGUGUAGCUCUUACUUGCACAAAAAUGUAUUUUUACAAGGUGGUCAACAGGAAUUGCUUAUUCAGCUUGCAUUUUGUUUCAUCUUGUUGACAAGUACAGUUCUAAGCAAUCACAGGGCAAUUUGUUUGCACUACACAUUUUCGUUGGCAUACCAUAUCCUGUAUCCACUCUACUUUUAGAAUUAGGGUAUAUUUCAAGGACUGGAAGAAGUCCACGCCUUAAGGAAAUUUGAAAACAAAUAAUUGAAUUUGUUCGAUUUAACCUUAAAUCAAGUUCACCAGCAUCUCUCACUGCAGUGGUUGUUUUCAUGAAUCUGUGCCUGAAUUUUGUUAUACUUUCUUUACUUUUGGAAGACACAGGGUAUCAGCAGAAACAUUAAAUCAGAGGUCAAGAAUCAUCAUUUCCUGAUUUUAUACAGUAAGAAUAUACACAGAGCACUUGAGACCCACAGCUGACAGCUCAGAGCACAUCUUUGUCAGAAGUCGGAGACCACAGUAUGUCAGUGUCAUGACCAAGUCCUACUUGCUGCCAAAAGCUGUAGCAUACCAAAUAAAUAAUCACUAAUUUUUGCUGUCAGGUAAUCAUGGCAUAUCAAACCAGAACUGGGCAGUGAUCACUGUAUUUGAAGACCACGGCAUGUUUACUUCUGAAUUAAUAUUACUUAACACAGUAGCAUUUUGCUUCUAACUUGUACUUUACUUAAGAGGUCACAGCAAACUAUCUGCAGUUUUUGCCCUGCACCCUGAAACUAUAAAGAAGUCUGCAGCAUUCCGUGUCCAAAACUGUUUCUUCUGCAUAUCGUAGUGCAAAGACCUGAUAAUUAUGAGUUCUGGAAUCAUAUGUGUUGCAGUGCACUUGUUAUUUCACAAGCCAAACCUCGCUCACAAGAUAACAGUUACAUCUUUCCUCUUGUUUACCUCAGUAAAGGACCACUGCCAUUUCUUCCUAAAUUACCUGCAUUAAAUUACUGACUACAACACAUCCACAUCUGUGAAUUGUUGCAUAUUGAGGAAUGUUUCCUCAUUUCACCUCAAAAAAGCACCUUUAUUCACACUUAUGAUAAUGUCCCACAUUACAUAAAGACAUUGGGUAUUGUAGAUUUCCAGAAACUAAAUGAACAUAAAAAUGUGCUGGGCAAUAAGCAUGAAGUUGUUGAGAUCUCAGAAUGCAUUUGUUUUUUCCAUGUGGUUAUUAGCUUUAACUGAGGGUAUGUCUCCUAUCUUAAGUAUGUUGUAUUUUUUUGGGAGGGGUGUAAUUAUUAGUAUACCACUCUAAAGCUUUAACUGGGCUGUGAGACAGCAGUUACUGUACAAUUUGACAACUUUUUGUUGUGGUUAACCUCUAAAUUAGCUCUUACAUUAUCAGAUAGUAGUACAGUAGCUUCCCAAACUGCUUCAUACUCUUGUUGAAGACUACAGAAUUAAAGCUACCAAUCAAGUCUUUUUUGGACUAAAUGUAGAAGAUAGGCUCCAAACUAAAGGGUCUCACUUUAGUUAAAAACGCAGAAUAUCAUUUUGUAUUUGCCUGGUUCAUUUGUAGGAUUCUAGGAUCACGGCAUCUAUUCCAUAACUUAGUGGUUUGCAUUGUACUAUAACCAAGACUCUUACUGUGUAAUCAAUAGUAUGUAUGUACCAGAAUUAGUUAUUCACACUUCCUCGAUAAUUACAGAUUGUCUAAUGUCAUGCUUCCCAUACUAGUUGCAUUCCAAGAAUUCUCUAUAUGGUUGUCCAUAGUAGGCUUUACACAAUACAGCAUCUCCACAUUUAGCCCUAUAUACCGCAUGAAACUAGGGCUUGAGUAUUCUUAUAGCAUCUAAUGUCGGUAGAGGUUUGUCAUUAUAUGCUCGGACCACCAACCCCACCAAAAAACUAAUUUAGCAAUCUGUAACUACCGACAGAGCCGGCUGUGCUAGUGCUGACACUGGCACUGUGUUUGUGGUAGAAUUCUGUUUACUAGCACACACACAGCAUGUGAGUGGUAAGUCUGUUUUGAGGCUGCAGUCUGCUUUGACAGCAUUCUGCCAAUUUGAAAGGUAGAAAUGUGAAGUAAUUCACUGCAGUGCACCAUAUUUACCAAACUUAUGUUGACUACACUUAUUACUGCAUAGAAAUCAUGCGAAAAAAUGUGAUUGAGUGGUCUUAAAGCUUCAUUGACAAGUGCAUUUCUUUGCAGGGUACAGAAUAACAAACUAAGAAUUUUGUAGACUGUGUCCAAAUAACUUUUGAAGGCCAUUUUGAUAAAUGGUUUCAUAUCAAGCACCUCAUAUUAAAUGUUGCUUUAAAGUCACUGCAUAUUUGAGCUGUGGGACUUAACCUUAUCCCUUCAGGGUUGAUUUUCUGUUUUAGAAUUUGAGCUCUUGGGUAUCUGUGUGGUUUCCUCUGUGUGGUGGUUACACUGGAUCAAGAAAACUUGUCUUGCUGUAUAGUGCCUCAUGUAAGGAUUUGCUUUUGAAAAAAAAUAAGGUGAUUCAGAAGUUAGUCAAGUAAGUGUGACAAGAACAGACCCUUUUUUUUUGGUUAUCAGUCAAGCCAGCAAUGUGGAACAGUCACGGCACUAUUUAGAAUUCAAAGCUGCACAACUUUCUUGUAUUUUCAUGCUCAUGACAUCUCAUGUUUUUUAAUUAAGAGAAUUAAAGAAUAUGCACUUUUUCAGUACA